CAUUGAUUAAGGUCAUAACAUGUGUGACUGUUAUCAUAUCAGGUUUGACUGUAUUUGGAUUUAAUUAUGGAUUCUAUAUAUUCUUCAGCAAAAGCAAUUAUAAGUCGAGCUCAACCAAGUUUAGAUGGUGGAAUUAUAACAUUUACACUGAAUAAUUUAAUAAAAUUACCUUCAUCUAAUAAUUAUAAUAAUGAAAGUUCAUCACAUACAGAAGUUACAAUUAUUGAUCAUAUUUUAUCAACAUAUUCACGUACUGGUUAUGCAUUAGCUAUUGUAUGUGCAUUAUUAUGGAUAAUCUUUUUAAUUAUUGCUACAUAUUUAACAUGUCGUCAACGUAAACGUAUAAAAAAACGUUCCGAAACAUUAUUAUAUCUUGCUCCUACAGAAAAUCAUACAUUGAAUACAUCUAGAGAAACUAUAGAAAUUGCAUUACAUAAAAAACAUUCACCAAAAUCAACAUUUUAUCGUACACGUGAACGUUUACAAUCUAAUUGGAUAUGUCUUGCUAUACAAUUUUCAUUAUUAACUAUUUUAACCAUUUUAUUAGGUACAGCAGUAUUACUUGGUUUUGCUGCAUGUGGUCAAUUACAUACCAAUUUAGUAUCAGCACCAACACAUGAAGAAUCAUUAGGACGUCUAUUAACUAUUACUGAAUUAAUGCAAACUAAUCCGGAAAAAACUCAUGUAUUUCCACGUGUAUUACGUGCAUUAGCACAAAUAAGAGCAUAUCUAAGUGAAUUUGUUCCACAGACUAAAAUUGAUAUUGAACCUGUUGUAAAAAAUCUUAUUCAAGCAACUGAAUCAAUGCAAGAUCGUAUGACAAAUGAAUUUAAUUCAAUAUUAUUCAAUCAAAUUGGUGUUACUGAAGCAUUUCAACUUGGGGAUAUUCUUGGUGAACAUGUUGUUACAUUAAUCACAAAAUGUAAUGCUAUUGUACAAUCAAAUACUGCAUUUAAACAUACAUUUGAUCGAUUUAAAGUGGAAUUUCAAACAUGGUUACGUUUAAUUAAUAUAGAUAAUACAAAUUAUGAUUGUAUUGGUCAAUGUCAUGAAUUACGUUCAACAUUUUAUAAUAAUAUCUCUAUAAGACCUGAUUCAUUUAUGCCUGAUAUACAUUUUGCAAUUGCAUUAAAAUUUGUUACUACAGAUCGUAAUCAAACUGCUGAAAGUAUACAAGCUCAAUUAAAUCAUGGUAAACAAUUAUCUAAUAAUCAACUUGAAAAAACUAAAACUAUUAUGGCUAAACAAAUUAAUAUUCCACAAUCUAUACGUAAUAUGACAAAUAAACAAUGGGAUCAAUUAAUACCACAAUUACAUAAAGCUAUAGAAGAGAUUGAUAAAAUAUCGAUCUUAAUUACUAGAACUAUUUCACCAAAAGUUUCAUCCAUUUCUAGUCUUUUAUUAACAUUCAAUUUAUUCUUUUGGUUCUGUAUUUUAUUGAUCACGAUUGGUUUAAUAUGGUUAAUUAUACGUUAUCAUUUUAUACCCACAGAGAUUAGUUUACAUACACGUAAUCGUAUACGUUUAGGUGCUAGUAUUGGAUUUUGUAUUCUAAUCAUAAGUAUUAUAUUAGCUUGUUUAUUUUAUUUAAUUGGUGGUUAUUUCUAUACAGAAGGUUGUCGUUAUAUAAAUCCUGAACAAAAUAUAAUCAAUAUAACAGAAUAUGAUCCAAUGAAUCAGAAUUAUAUUCAAUAUACCAUGUUUCCUAUUGAUGCUCAUAUUAAUACAUUUAUUAAUCGUAAUUGGCCAAUUAUUCUAUCCAUAGCUAAACAAUUUACCCAUAUGCCUAUUCCACAUAUACGUAGUCCAAUUUAUGGUCUAUUACAUAAUUGUUAUAAAAAUCAAGGUAUAUUAGAAGCAUUUGAUAGUAUUAGAGAUUAUAAUAUGAAAUCAUUAAAUGAUCCACAAAUGUCUAAUCGAUUUAUUAAUCUUGGUAAAAAUAUAAUGAUUGAUUCAUUAAAAUCAAUUAAUGUCAAUGAAAUGUUCCCUAAAGAAACUGAUGAAAAUUUAGCUAUGGCAUCACGUUUAGAUGAUUUUAUUGUAGAUUAUAAUGAAGUACGUACUAAAUUGCCUAAAACUUAUUUAAGUAUACAAUCAUCAAUAGAUGAAUCAAAUAAUUAUACAUUAUGGCCAAUACAUAAUAUGUGGAAUUUAUGGGAUAAUUAUUAUACUACUAUAUUAAGUCAACGUUUAUCUAUAGAACAAUUAAAUCGUUUAAAUAUUACUACAGAAAAAGUUCGACAAACUAUUCUUCAAUUAGAUCAGAUCAUUUAUGAUAUAGAUCAGAAUUUAUUGAUUUUAUCAAGAUUAAAAAAAAUUGCACCACAUGUUGCUAAGUUACAAGAAACAUUAAUUAAUUUAAAAAAUAUAAUGAAUAAUAAAACAAUAUUAAUUGAUCAAGCUAUUGAAUUAUUUCAUCAAAAUAUACAAUUAAAAACACCAAUAGAAGCAGAGAAAUUAAUUAUUGAAUAUGGACCAAAAAUUAUGUCAAAAGUUGGACAAUGUUAUCGUUUAUAUACAGCUAUAAAUGAUAUGAAUAAUGCUGUAUGUCAUGGAAUUGUAAGUAUAUUCAAUGGUUUUUGGUUUCUUUUAAGUUGGGUUAUAUUAAUUGGUACAUUAAUUAUUAUAUUUAGUUUAUUAUUAUUAAUGCAUAAAUCACCAAUUGAUAAUCAUCAAUCAUCAUCAUUAUUAUCAGGGAAAUUUUAUCAUAGAAAUAUAAAACGUAAAAAUUUAAAAUCAAAUCUAUCUACUAUGGUAACUGAAAAUUCUAUAAAUCCUAAUGAAUUAGAAGCAUUGAAUAAUCGAUAAAAUGAGGAUACAUUAGCCCCCCUCCUCCCCCUUCCCCCCUCUUAACUUUUGUAUAACAAUAAUAAUAAUAAUGUGCAUACAAAUUCAUAUAUAUAUAGUAUUGAUACUAUUUUUAAUUAAUCCAAAUUUCUAUUGUCUAUGUAUAAUAAUAAUAAUAAUAAUACCUCCCUUGAGUGUACGUGCGUACGUGUGUGUGCGCGUCCAUCCAUUAUUCUACAAUAUAAAUUUUGAACAAUCCUUGCAUGAUUAUUACUAUGAUUUGUUAUCGAUUUAAAGGCUUGUUGUUUUAGGACUUUUUGUUCUCUUUAAAGGAACUACCACAGAACCAAUUGCAUUCAAAUAGUUUUUGUCAUAUUAAUCUUGUCUACUUCCUUUUUUUUACGAACUUCUUUUUUUGUUUUUAAUUCAAAUAAUUUUUAUUACUUUUUUUCUGUGUAUAUGUUAGUUAAAACAACAAAAAAAAUGAAAAAGAAUUUCGGUAUUGUUU